AUGGUGUCACCGCCUUCGUCAGUUUCACCUGGGACAGGCCAUGAGUUACCACCACCUCUAACACAACAAUCACAACAGCAUUCUUCUCAGUCACAACAACAGCAACAGCCACAGCAGCAACAACAGCAACAACGACAGCCACCAUUACCACAACAACAGCAUUUGCACUCUGAACAAGCAUCUGCUACUCAGACACAGCAGCAACAUUCACAACAGCACUUGCCACAGCAUUUGGCUCCACCGCAACUUCAAUCUAGUAAAGAUUAUGUCUCAGUAACAAGCCAUUCAAAAAAGUCGGGUCCUGAACGGUCAGUAUUCACCAUAUACUUACAGCCCAAUGUUCCGGCUUCUGCUAUUAGUCAAUUAAAAUUCAGCAUUGCCAUUGGCAACCAUCGAAGUAGUCCGUAUUAUUCUAUUGACACUUCAUCCAACAAUCCAAACAAAAGUGCUGUUUCGGCCGAGGUCCCAGCAAAGGUCUUAGCUGACGCGAAUGCCACGGCCCAAUCUGAGACCAAGGUUCCAGUAUAUUUGAUAAUUGUCGACGCCCAAACUCUGAAAGACAUUGGUAGGAUUUAUGUCUGUGACUUUACCUAUGAAGACUAUUCUCAACAACCCACUCAGUAUGACCAAGCACAAUAUCCUUAUCAACCUCAACCUCAGCAUCCACAACAAAUCCGCCCUCCAUCACCUCCACACUCACAAACAUAUCUCCCUCUUCCUACACUUUCUACCACACCAAGAAUCAAUGGUCAGCAACUAGUGUCGUCGCAAACUGCAUUAAAGGUUCCUACUCCUGGUCCUGGCGAUAUAACACCAUUAUCUGCUGGCGGUUAUGGUAGUUAUUAUCGCAGCCAGCAACAGCACCAACAGCAGCAGCAACAACAAGCACAACAGGCACAACAGGCUCAACAAGCACCUCCACCACCUCUUCCUUCAUCUCAACAAAUUCAAAGACAAGCUCAGAGUAUGUAUUAUUAUGGUCAAUCAUCACCAUCAUUAGCUUUGGCUCAAGGUAAUUCUGGUUCAGCAUCUAGUUCUUCUCACUAUCCACAGUACCUUGGCGGUGAAGAGGCUAGUGGAUCAUACUAUGAUCCUGUUCAUUCGACUUCAGUUGGCACUCAGGCCACUGGAGCUGGUCUUAGUCAGGAUUGGAAUGCUUCAGGAACUGGAGCUACUACUCCUGGUGGUGCUGCUGUACCCAGUGGGUCAUCCAACUGGCAUUCUACUUAUGGCGCAACCCCUUCAGUGCCAGGAUUCGGUAUGAUUCAAGACGCACCCCGCCAACCACUUGGGUUUGGUCAGGCUAGUCAUCCUUCUCAAUACCAAAUCUACCAACCAGACCCUCGAGUCCAACCCAGUCAGACUCCUCAACUCGUUCGUACUACAGCCUUGUCUCAAGCAGCGUCUAGUUUAGGGACUAUGGCACUUGGAAAUGAGCGUCACAUUGAGAAUGACUCACCAUUCCGAGCUAGCUUGGAGAUUAUUGGCAAUCUCAACGACAUGGCUACUAACUGGACCGUCGAUGAAUGGAGAGCACAAAGAAGACUGGUACAAUUCAGACGCGAACAACGAGGUCCUCUAAUUUCUGUCGAGUUUUCUCCACUUGAUCCUGAGCGAUAUGUGCAAAAUACACCCUGUAUCAGUUGCAUCCACUGGGCCGAGCGUAAUGAGUGUUAUGUGACUAGUGUUGACUGCAUUUAUCUUUUAGAGCAACUUGUCAAUACCAAGUUCAAGGUGGAAGAGAAGAACCGUAUUCGCCGUAACCUUGAAGGAUACCACCCAAUGACUGUUUCGAAGGGCAAGCCCGAGAGCGGAGAGUUUUUCAAGCUCAUCAUGUCGUUCUCAGCACCCAAGCCACGUAACAUUGAAAAGGACGUAAAAGUUUUCCCAUGGAGAAUUCUCGCCAGUGCUUUGAAAAAGAUUAUUGGCAAGUACUCUGCAGACUAUUCCAAUACCGGUCCAAUGGGCAUUCGAAGGUAG